AAAAGUGUUUCGUAAACGUUUGAUGCUGCGACAUAGAUCCCACGUUUGGGGGUCUACAGAGUAAACGUUCAUUUUUAGCUGGCUAUUAUUUGUUAUUGCUGAUUAUUCGUUGGUCCGCGCGCCUGUGCAGUAUAAAAACAACGUCUCAUUUCUUCCAACUUUUACGCCUCCGUUAAAAAUCAUCACCAAAAAUUUGCCCUAGCUUUGGAUCCGAAUCUCAUAUGCACAGGUGAUUCUUCGUGAUGACGAUGCUUUCAUCAACACGACGCAUUCCACACCAGCUGCUUGCAGGUCCCCUAGUGGGCCUUUUGCGUUCCACAUAUAGCAGAUUGAUUUCAUCUUUCAGAGAGGAGAAAGACACAUUUGGCUCAAUUCUUGUUCCAGCAGACAAACUUUGGGGCGCUCAAACUCAAAGGUCAUUGCAGAAUUUUGAUAUUGGUGGCGAGUGCGAACAGAUGCCUGAACCCAUAAUCCGUGCUUUUGGCGUCCUUAAGAAGUGCUCUGCCAAGGUUAACAUGGAGUAUGGUCUUGAUCCAUCUAUUGGAAAAGCAAUAAUGCAAGCUGCCCAAGAAGUUGCAGAUGGUCAGCUUAAUGACCAUUUCCCACUUGUUAUAUGGCAAACUGGUAGUGGGACUCAAAGUAACAUGAAUGCGAAUGAGGUGAUUGCAAACAGGGCAGCUGAAAUUCUUGGCAAAAAGCGUGGUGAAAAGUUUGUCCAUCCAAAUGACCAUGUCAAUAGGUCACAGUCCUCAAAUGACACUUUCCCAACUGUCAUGCACAUAGCUGCAGCAGUUGAAACGAAUUCAAGGUUUAUACCAAGCUUGAAACAGUUACAUGCUUCACUUGAUGCCAAGACCAUUGAGUUCAAGGACAUCAUAAAGAUUGGACGCACUCAUACUCAAGAUGCCACACCCUUAACUUUAGGCCAAGAGUUUAGUGGCUAUUCAACCCAAGUGUUUUAUGGAAUCGAGCGUGUUAAAAACACCCUGCCCCACAUUUAUCAGUUAGCACAGGGCGGGACUGCAGUAGGUACUGGCCUAAAUACUAAAAAAGGGUUUGAUGUCAAGAUUGCUGCUGCAGUAGCUGAAGAAACGAACUUACCGUUUGUGACAGCUCAAAACAAGUUUGAAGCCUUGGCUGCACAUGACGCUUUUGUUGAAACAAGUGGAGCUCUAAAUACUGUUGCUACUUCUCUCAUGAAGAUAGGAAAUGAUAUACGGCUACUAGGAAGUGGACCUCGUUGCGGGCUUGGUGAACUCAUCCUACCUGAAAAUGAACCGGGCAGCAGCAUUAUGCCUGGAAAGGUCAACCCUACUCAGUGUGAAGCCCUUACUAUGGUCUGUGCUCAGGUUAUGGGAAAUCAUGUGGCCAUAACAGUAGGUGGCUCAAAUGGUCAUUUUGAGCUCAAUGUAUACAAACCAAUGAUUGCAAGUAAUCUUCUACGGUCGCUGAGACUACUUGCUGAUGCAUCGAUUUCAUUUGAGAAGAACUGUGUGAGAGGAAUCCAGGCUAAUCGUCAAAGGAUUUCAAAACUCCUACAUGAGUCCCUAAUGCUUGUUACAUCUCUGAAUCCUAAAAUCGGAUACGAUAAUGCUGCCGCUGUAGCCAAGAAAGCCCAUAGAGAGGGAACUACUCUUAAGGACGCGGCGUUGAGCCUUGGGGUUCUCUCCUCACAAGAGUUUGAUGAGCUCGUUGUACCCAAUAAAAUGAUUGGCCCCUCUGAUUGAUGCAGGGCAAAAGGCACCAAUUCCAAUUUAUUUGCCUAUUUCCUGGGCAAAUUGCUCAGGACUUGAACAUUAUUUUAACAUAACCCCACCCCAUGAAUAUGGUGCCAAAUGAGUCCCAACAUAAAAAAUAAGAGUUUUGUGUCUUAUUUUUUUGUAGCCUCCUCAUCCAUUGUAUUUUUGGUUACUUUUUCGAGUUAUAGAACCUCUUUAAUGGAGGUCAUAUCAGGAGUAAGGGGAUGAGUGGAGGCAUUUGAUUAUGAAUUCUGAGAUCGAUCCAUACUGCAAGCGAGAACUAGCCUUGCCUUUCUCAUCAAUUGAUUGUAUUUUUUCCGUUGUGCAAUAGACAAGAUUUUAGUAGUAAUAAAGAAAAUAAGGGGCUAUGCUAUUUUAUGUUUC